ACCCAUUCUUAGAGUAUUUUCACGGCAGUGACCGCCAGCACCGAAGUGAAACCAGCUGCCGGUAGAGUUUGGCAAUUAAUACUCUUGUCAGGACGUAUUUAUUCGCUGAAUAUAUUCAUUUACGCCACGAAAACAGUAGUCGCGCAAGGUAUUUUUCGAGCAAGGGAUUUGAAACUUGAUCUUCAAAAUCGAGUGCGGUCGUUGCGCUGGACAUUGGUCUCCAAAGAUUUGAAUUCGGGACAACUAGCACGUCUGACUUCAACUGGACAAUUUUCAGGUGCAGAGCCGUGUUCAAAAUUCUGGAGUCUCCGUAAAUAUAUGUCGUGGGAUAACGCUUGCUUUGAUUAAACACCUCUUGAAGAUUAUCGCGGGUUUUAACAAGGAUUCGUAACAAGUACAGUAUUUCUAUCGAUUGACAACCCCCGAAAAUAUCGUAUUUUGUACUGUAUCUAUAUAUAAUAUCGCUAUAGCAUCGCCACUUUUGUCGUUUGCGCGAAGGGACAGUCGAUAUGAGUAGUUUAACGUCAAGAAAGACGUCUCACAUUGCGGAGAAGUUCGCUCAGAAUUGGAAGGAACGGCGGCCCGAAGCUGAAGCGACAGGCGAAGAAGGUGAACUGGAUGACAGCCUUACGAACUUACAGUGGCUGAAUAAUAUCACAGUCCUAGACAUCACACCUGCCGGGCUUGCGAGUGAAUCAUCACCCUCAAGCAGUCCAAGAUCUUCUGAAGAUGACCUUGCUGAAACAUCAAGCGAGAAAUCAGAUCCCGAGGUAUUAAAACAGGACAGUAAGAUUGAUUACAUGUCGGACCCGCACAGAAAACCACCAUAUUCCUACGCUACGCUCAUCUGUAUGGCGAUGAGAGAGACGAAGAAGAGCAAGAUCACUUUGAGCGCAAUAUACAAGUGGAUUCGAGAAAACUUCGUCUACUAUCGACACGCCGAUCCGACUUGGCAGAACUCGAUCCGUCAUAAUCUUUCGCUAAACAAAUGUUUCGUCAAAGUAGCCAGACGCAAGGAUGAGCCAGGAAAAGGCGGCUUCUGGAAGAUCGAUCCGGCAUACGCCGACAUGUUUGUCGAUGGCGUCUUCAAACGACGUCGGAGCUCUACGAAGGCCUCACGAAAAUCUACGAGCGCUUCCAAUAAAUCUGUUCGAAGCAAGUCAACCUCGAGUCUUCCAACAAAGCGCCCGGCCAACUGGAGCGAUCUUGCUUCAGACACCAAGAGGAUACGAGUUGAACGACCUAGUUUGAACUAUUAUCGCCAUAAUGACGUAUUUGAUUCAUAUUUCGAAGAAGAAAUCCCGCCAUUCACCGGGUGCCUGAAACAAGACCUAAAUUGGAAUUCAUUCCUGGCCGAAAGUGAGGGUGAAAUCAGCUUUAGGGACGCAUUGGAUAGUCAGGGAAUAAUCAUUGAUCAUAACUUUCGUGUAGUUAAUAGUCCCUUCACAACCUUCACACCUGCUACCCCACCACACAACGAUGUUUUUGUACCCGAGGACAAUUUAGAUCUGACAAUACACGGGGUAGGGUUACUUACCCAACAUCGUAUGCCCCCCUCGCCGCCACGGAUGACAAGUGACCACCCCUGGGCUGAGGAACCACCUCACGACGUCAUGGCCUCGCUGGAUUUCCUCGUAAAUCACGACUUGGGUUAUUGAGAAUCCAGUUUUCGAUCACUGUGUGAAUUUUUUUUGCUUGUCUUGCUCAUCCCUGGGAGCCUGGACUGAAUUAUGGCAUCGUUGAUAUGAUGUCACUGUCAUGACGUCACUGGUGAUGUCACAUAUGUAAAUAGCCGCUGGUUUUUAAAAAUAAUGCGCAUGCGCUGUAAUCAAAGAAUCAGACAUACCUUUCCUCUUUUCUGCGUCCUUCGAGCCGAAACUUUUAAUAAACGAUAGAGAGUAAUUGAAAUUAAUUGUUGAUAUAAACUUGGCAAAUCCAUAGAUAAAAUGCUAUUGUUGAUACACUAUAAUACUGUAAAGACUAAAUGCUACGUGAUAUACAAACAAGCUACUAUUAUUAUAUAAUGCACUGAUUUUUUUAACCAAACUGCACGCAUUCUUGUAGAUAAUGUAUUUAUAGUUGAAUAUUUUGGCUUUGUAAUUAAUAUAGUCUUAAGUUAUUGAAUUACUAUCUGUACUAACAUUA